AAGGUUGUUGCCAACACAGUGGAAACCUCUGGUGGAAACAAGGCUGAAAUCAGGAACAGAACCCACCCACAACUACACUGCGCAACCAUCUUUAAACUCUUCCUGAUUCAACCGCUUCCCUUCAACAUUCCCGAGCGUCAGAAACAAUCCCAAAGAUGAGUUAUCCUGGUUACCCUCCAUCCGGUGGCUACCCUACCCAGACUGGUGGCUACCCCCCACAACCAGGUGCAUAUCCCCCCCAAGCUGGAGGUUACCCGCCACAGGCUGGAGGCUACCCGCCACAGGCUGGAGGCUACCCGCCACAGGCUGGGGGCUACCCGCCACAGGCUGGGGGCUACCCGCCUCAGGCUGGGGGUUACCCGCCCCAAGCCGGGGGUUACCCGCCCCAAGCCGGGGGCUAUCCUUCCCAGCAGGCUGGUGGUUACCCUCAACCAGGUGGAGGUUUCCCUCAGGGGGGAGGCUUCCCUCCCCAGGCCGGAGGCUAUCCUUCCAUGCCUCCAGCACAAGGUGGUUGGGGUGGAGCCCCUGCUGGUGGAAUGCCAGGUGGAGGUAUGCCCCAGGGGUACCCAGGUUGUCCUGCCCCAGGUCAACCCCAGGGGUACCCAGGCUGUCCUGCCCCAGGUCAACCCCAGGGGUACCCAGGCGGUCCUGCCCCAGGUCAACCCCAGGGGUACCCGGGCGGUCCUGCCCCAGGACAGCAGCCCAUGCCUGGCUACCCUGGUGGUGCCCCGGCCACCAACCCUUCCAUGCCAGGAUAUGGAGGUGGUGUUCCUGCUACUCCUUAUUCACCUGCCAUCAACAGAGGCUUUAGGGGUGUUAUUAAGGACUAUCCAGGCGCUGACCCUCUGAGGGAUGUGGAAGUCCUCCGCAAGGCCAUGAAGGGCUUUGGCACGGACGAGGCAGCUAUAAUUGAGAUUCUUGGGAGCCGCUCAAACAAGCAGAGGGUUCCAAUGGUAGCGGCCUACAAAACCACUUAUGGGAAGGAUUUAUUCCAUGAUCUGAAGUCUGAGCUGACUGGGAACUUUGAGAAGCUGGCUAUUGCCAUGUUGCAGACGCCAGCCAGGUUUGAUGCAUCUCAACUCAAAGAAGCCAUAGUGGGUGCCGGUACUGAUGAAGCCUGUCUGAUUGAGAUCCUAUCGUCUCGCUCCAAUGCAGAAAUCAGAGAAAUUAAUCAAAUUUACAAAAACGAGUAUGGUAAGAAACUGGAGGAUGCCAUCAUUAAUGACACAUCAGGACACUUCCGUAGACUCCUCGUCUCCCUCUGUCAGGGAAAUCGAGACGAGAGGGAACAAGUGGACAUCAACAUGGCCAAACAGGAUGCUCAGAAACUGUAUGCUGCCGGGGAGAACAAAGUGGGGACGGAUGAGUCCCAGUUCAACGCCAUCCUGUGUUCCAGGAGCAGACCCCACCUGAGAGCAGUGUUCAAUGAGUACCAGCAGAUGAGUGGUAGAGACAUUGUGAAGAGCAUCUGCAGGGAGAUGUCUGGAAACGUGGAGGAUGGCAUGGUGGCUGUGGUGAAAUGCAUCAGGAACACUCCUGAAUACUUUGCAGAGAGGCUUCACAAGUCCAUGGCGGGGGCUGGGACCAAGGACAGGACUCUGAUACGGGUCAUGGUGACUCGCUCCGAGGUAGACAUGCUGGACAUCAGACAGGCGUACCAGAAGACCUACGGGAAAUCACUGUACACCGCCAUCUCUGGUGAUACCUCUGGGGACUACCAGAAGCUGCUGCUGAAGCUGUGUGGAGGAAGUGAUUAGAGAGAUAUGAAGGAAUCCCUUAUAUCAAUCAGGACAGUGACGCCAUAGAAUGAGAACCAUAGAAUCAGAAUGAGAACCAUAGAAUCAGAACUGCUAUGGCCGUUCUACUCAUUCUAAUUCUAUAAGUGUAGUAGUCCAUGAGAAUGUAACAGACAGGAUCCUAUAUCAACCUGUGAUAUAUGUAGUUUGUUUUGCCAAAUGUGUGUCUCGCGCCAUAAUGUGCUGGGUGACGUAUGUAGGAUAAUGACUUUAUUUGCUGCAUAUGCAAUCCGUUAUUGUUAUUAUAUAGUCUUGAUUCAUUUUCAAACUUUUUUACUUUAUUGUGAUAUAUUUCAUACGAUCAGGAUAAUGCCAUUUAAAAACAAUGCAGUACUAUAAUUGACAAAUUAUUAUAUUAGCAAACUGCCAAAUACUAAAUGUAUAUGAAUAUUUCUGGGUUUGUGUCAAUACGUGCAAAUAUUUUAGGAUAUUUAGAUACUUAAAAAAAAAAGUUGGUUAUUAUAGCUUUAUUGCUGACUGCUGUAUUCUAUGCAAAUUAGCAACUUGUUUCAUAUCGAAUGAAAGCCAAUGAUAAUUAAAUACCACACAACGCUGGUGUUUCUGUCUUCUCAUUGACACCUUCUAAUAAUGUAGGCCAUUUUCCAUUGCUUGUUUCCUAGAUAUAAACACAAUGUUGCCUUAUUUUACACUGCAGACCCAAAGCCGCUAUGGCAUGCAACUCCAUGUUUUACCAUCUGCUGUUUAGUUCCAUGCAAGUCAAUAUUUCUGUUUUUUUCAUUUCAUCUUUCACUGCUAUUUCUAAUAUAAUUUCAAUGUAGAGUCAUUGUACAACUAUUUGCCAAUACUUAAACAUUUAAUUAUUUGUUGUCAAUAUUGUUUAAGGAUUUAUUCAUUGCAUAGGUAUAUACUGUAUAGCCAGCACACAUACUGUAUAGUAUAAUAUCAUGCCAGUAAAUGGCAGUUUGAACACAAUGGAUCCACUGAGGCAUUGUAAUUGGAAAAUGAUAUAAAUAUAUGCUAAUACCACAUUUGUGGCCCAAAGGGCUGCCGUUAUCAUGUAGUAUCUAACGUUUACAAUCAUUUGGUUGUUGGAAUGUUCCCCCACAGGCUUAUAAUGGUGUCCUUCCUGUCAAAAUAAAAUAUUUUGACUGGCAAUGA